AUGAGCCACCUCCUAGUUUCUUCCCAUCAAACCGAGGAAGAAGCAGAGACGCAGCAUGAGUCCGAAAACAGCGUUUGGCGUUUCAGAGGCAGCGACACGGCAGCUAAAGCCUCCAGUGUCACAAUGAGAGUUAUAGUCUACAAGCUCUUUGAUCUCUGCAGUCCAGACAUCAAAAAGCCUCUUUUACCCCUUGCUCACGGUGACCCUUCUGUGUACCCUUGUUACCGCACCUCCAUCCACGUCGAAAACGCCGUCGCCGAUGUCCUCCGCUCCGGCAAGGGUAACUCUUACGGUCCUGCCGCCGGAAUUCUCCCUGCUAGACAGGCGGUAGCUGAUUUCGUGAACCGGGACUUAACGAACAAAGUAACGCCUAACGAUGUAUAUAUGACCGUGGGAUGCAACCAAGGGAUAGAAGUUCUGAUGCAGGCGCUGGCUGCACCAAACGCUAACAUCUUUCUCCCACGGCCUAGUUACCCUCACUACGAGGCUCGUUGUGUCUACAGUGGACUCGAGGUCCGCAAGUACGAUCUCCUUCCCGAGAAUGAAUGGGAGAUUGAUCUCCAAGGCAUUGAAGCUAUGGCAGAUGAGAACACUGUCGCUAUGGUUAUCAUAAACCCUAAUAACCCUUGUGGAAAUGUUUAUUCUUACGAUCAUCUCAAGAAGGUUGCGGAGAUGGCUAGGAAGCUGGGGAUUAUGGUGAUCACUGAUGAGGUUUAUAGCCAGACAAUCUUUGGAGACAAUCCUUUUGUUCCAAUGGGAGAGUUUGGUUCGAUAGCUCCGGUUAUCACUUUGGGUGGUUUAUCGAAAGGAUGGAUUGUUCCUGGUUGGAGAAUUGGUUGGAUCGCUUUGAAUGAUCCUAAAGGCAUCUUCAAGUCCACAGGGGUGGCUCAAUCUAUCCAACAGAAUCUUGACAUAACUCCAGACGCCAACACUUUGGUUCAGAAUGCACUUCCUCAGAUCCUGGAGAAGUCUAAUAAAGAGAUGUUUGCUAAAAAGAACUCAAUACUAAAACAGAAUGUGGAUUUAGUUUGUGAUAGGCUAGAGGACAUUCCUUGUCUGGUCUGCACCAAGAAACCUGAGUCAUGCACUUACUUAUUGACAAAGCUGGAGCUUCCGUUGAUGGAAGACAUAGAGGAUGAUAUGGAUUUCUGUAUGAAGCUAGCCGCAGAAGAAAACCUAGUUUUGCUACCAGGAGUGGCUUUGGGACUGAAGAAUUGGGCAAGGAUAACGAUCGGAGUAGAAGGCCGGAUGCUUGAGGAUGCACUUGAGAGGCUCAGCAGAUUCUGCCAACGCCAUCUUAAGAAAACAGAGGCUUCUCUUCAAGCUAAGUACAAUGGAGAAAUCUAA